CGAAUUUGACAGAAUCGCCAUUUGCAGAGCUGGUAAAGGUGAUUUUGUGCUGUAUACUCUUCUCUUUGGACCCACUUGGUGAGAUAGAAUCGAGGUCUUGGAGACUCUGUUCACUGAUCAGCGUCGCUUUCUGCCUACUCAGAUCGACACAAUCCGGCAAAAUGGUCAAGCACAACAACCAGUUGCCGAAGAACCACUUCCACAAGGACUGGCAGAGGCGGGUCAAGACUUGGUUUGACCAACCCGGAAAGAAGAAGUCUCGACGAGUUGCACGAACCAAGAAGGCACUUGCCGUUGGAGCUCAACCCCUUGAGAGACUCCGACCUGCUGUCAGAUGCCCAUCUCAACGGUACAACAUCCGAAUCAGGGGCGGAAGAGGAUUCACCAUUGCUGAACUCAAGCUUGCUGGAAUCAGGAAGAAGGAGGCCAAGAGCAUUGGAAUUUCCGUCGACCACCGCAGGAGAAACAAGAGCGAGGAGGGACAACAAUUGAACGUUGACCGACUGAAGGAGUACAAGACGAGAUUGGUUGUCUACCCCCGAAAGGCCGGCAAGGCCAAGAAGGGCGAUGCUACUGGAGACGACCUCACCGCUCACAUCACCCGAACUGCCCUUCCUCUCCCCACCGGCUACACUGCCGAGAAGCCUCGUGCCAUCGAGGACUCUGAGAAGGAGGUCGAGGCCUUCCAGACUCUCCGAAACGCCCGAGCAGAGAAGCGCAACCUUGGAGCCAAGCUCAAGAGGGAAGAGGCUGCUCGUAUCGAGGCAGAGAACAAGAAGUAGAGUGCAACGCUCUACUUUGUAUCACGAGAGACGGGGGAAGAGAUGGGCAUGUACUCUUCAUAUCGAGGGUCGUGGACAUGUUGCAUGCACGAUAUGGCACCGACACAGGCGAGACUGGUAUACGUCGCGAGGCGAGAGGUGUCUUUUGAGGUGUCGUAUCUACACAGGAUGGGUUUCUUGCCGACAGAGUGGAACCGGGACGAGCAUAAGGCUCUGUCAGAUGAGUCUGGUUGCAAAAAGUCGUUCGCCGGAGGUGCAGGGCGGUUCGGGCGCCUUCUGAGUGGUGCUCUGAAUCCAGGUUCUAAAGUAUGUUCGACUGGCCUGAGUCUUUCUGCCGAACAAUGUAUGACUGAAG